AUGGCAGAGAACAAGCGGCCGAUAGGCCUCCUCUUCGACAUCGGCGGCGUUUGCGUAGUAUCGCCUUUCCAGGCCAUUCUGGACUACGAGAUCUCCCAAAACAUCCCGCCUGGAUGGGUGAACUUCAGCAUUUCACGAACAUCACCCAACGGCGCCUGGCACAAGAUCGAACGAGGCGAGAUCAAGAUGGACGCCGAGUUCUUCGCCGCAUUCAACCGGGAUCUCCGACACCCAACGCUGUGGAGGCAAUUCCACGAGCAAGAGCAGAAGAAGAAAGGGGCGUCUGCUAGUAGUACCACCAUCCCGCCUCUCCCGGAAGUGGAUGCAGAAUGGCUCUUCUGGGAGAUGAUGAGGGUAUCUCGAACACCAGACCCGUACAUGUUCCCCGCUUUAAAGCGACUGAAGGCCUCGGGGAAAUUCCUGAUGGGUGCGCUGUCGAAUACGGUCAAGUUCCCCGAGGGUCAUGCGUAUAACACGGAUGAGACGGGGGUACGAUCACAGUUUGAUUUCUUCAUUUCAUCGGCGCAUACGGGUCUUCGCAAACCCGAUGCUAGAAUCUAUGAGGCUGCUAUUCGGGAAAUGGACGUGUUGGCUAAGAAGCGUGGUCUGUCUGGGGCGGAGGCGUCUGAUAUUGUCUUUUUUGAUGAUAUUGGUGAGAAUUUGAAGGCGGGGAAGCGAUCUGGAUUGCGGACGGUGAAGGUUACUCUUGGGAAAACCUUGGAUACUGUUAAGGAACUGGAGCGGAUUACUGGGCUUCAGUUAUUGGAGGAGGAUAAGGCACGUCUAUAG